AUGGUUUCCCUCACGCUCCUCAGCACCCUCCUCCUGUCAACUGGCGUCUUCUCGGAACGUCCCGAACCUCACGCACCUCCGGAUAUCCCUACCACCGAGACGGCAAAGACGCUCCUCGACCAGCUGGUCGUCGCACCCCAGGGUCCCGCAGAUGGCUUCGACGAUGAUCUCUUUCCUCUCUGGGAUCCCGUGGUAGAGAAUUGCAACGCCAGGGAGGAGGUCCUGCGGCGUGACGGGAUCGACGUCGUCGUCAACAAAGCCUGUGCCCCGGUCUCCGGGAUAUGGUACUCUCCGUAUGACGGAAUCAACUCGACGUUUCCACUGGAUGUCGAAAUUGAUGAGAUGGUCCCCUUGCUCAACGCCUGGAGGUCCGGUGCCUCAGAAUGGACGACGCAGGAGAGGGAAAAGUUGGCCAACGAUUUGAACGAGCCCCAACUCUGGGUCGUGACCGACGACAUCCACGAGGAGAAGGAGGACAGCGAGGAAGCGUUCUGGAAGCCCCCGUUGGUCUCAUUCCACUGCACUUACGCCAAAUCCUGGACGAAGGUCAAGUCAGCCUACAACUUGACCAUUACGGACGAGGAGAAGGAAGCUUUGGCUAGCAUGCUGGAUACUUGCUAG